AGGAUUUUUGAUGAAUUUUGGUAAAAAUCCUUGCAUUUUCUCUAGAUUUUCACCGCGAAGACAUUGGUUCAUCCCCACAGUGUAUUAUGUAUUGAUGCGACAGACGUUCCUCCGGUCUUCCUCAACAUAUACAACGAAGAGCUUCAAGAUGACAAUUACCUACGAUGAACUUGCGCUCAGUUUAAAAAGAAGCAUCGCCCCUUAGACUUUAACCUCGGCAUAACGCUUGUACCAUCAAAACAAUUCUAUCAACGCGCCUCCGACCUUCACCAUGGUCAAAGUUUGGUCCAAGCUGUCGUCAUACGGAGGAUAAAUACUAGGGUAGCGUACAUCCCAGCUAAGAAAGGGCCUCCCCAUACGCGAUCACGUUCACAAUCACCUUGCAAUUUCGAUCCACAUGCCCAAAUCGGACGAUAGCGCAACUCUGAGAUAUAUCAGGAGACAGACCCGCCGCCUUACUAGCUCGAUGACUACCUGGAUUAGUGGUCGUAGAGAUGCUGGCAGCAGUGCUGUCGCAUCCCCGCGCGACGAAGUUCAUUCCAAGGAAUACAUAGGUCCUCACCCGACUGUUGAAGAAACUGGUAGUAUUCAGGACAGCACGAGCAACAGCGGUUUUGUCGAUUCUACUGAACCUGGAGUAGACUGUGUGGAGCGGGAUCCUGUCGGUACAAUCUUUCAAUUACAAACUGAUUCAAAAGAGGGCGCUUCAGAUCAAAUCGCAAGCUCUUUUUUCGUGACUGAGCCAAUCAAUCCCGACGCUCCUGUUCCCCCACCAGAGAUGAUCAUGACCAUUUCCACGCGAGGUCCCGUCGGACAAGUUGCCCAAGUCGAUGUUGCAGAUAAUCUCCCCUCCACUGGUGCACCGGUUGCAACCACGGAUUCCAAACCUAAAAAUCAAGUAGCGACUCCUCCGUUCAGUAGCAGCUACAUGCCAACCAUUAGCUAUCAUUCUUCUGGCAAGGCGAUUUCUCGAAACACACUGCAGGAAGGAUCGGAGGAGACCGUACAACUUCGCUGGACCCAGGAGGGUUCUGUCCAGUCGUCCAACACUGUUCCAUCUCGGCUUCGAGAGAUCACGAGCAGUUGUAGGGAUGAACAACCCGAAUCGAAAGAAACUAUAGUCCUUUUUCCUAGCGCUAGUCGAUUGCCUUUGAGAAAUGCUUACGGAAUAACAGCACAUACAAGUACACCUGUCGACGAUGUUCAAUGCUCCCGUUUGGCGGUGCCUGCUGGUGCCAGUUCUUCUUAUCGUGGCGCAAUAAUUGGUAGCACUCAAAAUACAGUAGCCCUAAGCCCUUCAAUUCUGUCUUCACAUACAGCUCCGGCUCCGUCUUCUUCAAGUGAACACACCCUCACUCAAUCCUCUACCGCUGACAUUGCUACUGUGAUUGAUUCCGAUGCUCCAAAUGUGUCUUCCUCAUAUAUCGACAACGUUGCUCUUGUCUCCGUUACCAUUGCCGCAAUCAAAUCCGAUACAGAUGUCGGUCCAUCCUGUUCAACUGCCUCAUCCGGAUUGGAAGUGAAAUCGGGCGUCCGGCCUCCCAACUCUGUCGAUAUCUCUUCUGCGUUUAGCAUGACCUCCAUUCCCACAUGUAUAACAGGCUCUGCUGCUUCUUCUCCUUCCACUGUUCGUCCAUCGAUUACUCCGAAACCAUCUCAUACAGCCAACUCCCAAGCUGUGAGUGAUCAGCAUAACACUCCUGCGUCUAGUCCCAGCCCUCAUCUUUCUCAUGCAAACCCGCCUUCUGCUACUAGAGGUCGAGUUCGACAACUAAAUGAGAUCGCGCGCCUUCCCGCGUUCUAUGGCUCCAACGACUUCGUGCGAAUGAAUUGGAAAAAGGGAUACGGAGCCUAUGAAGGACAGACAGCUCUACCAACUUGGAAUCCAGUAACUAAACAGUGGCAACAUCCGCGGACUGCGUCUGUUGUGUCUGCCUCUGCUGCUCCUGUCUGUGCUAUUCCGGUCAAAUCUUCUGCUUCCGCCCUAGCUGCCUCUGUGAUGACCACGAAUCCUGCUCCGACUCUUUCUGCGACUGCUAUCGCAUCCUCCACCCUCGAAGGAUUGCCUUCUGUGGAAUCUUCGACAUUGCAACAGGAAAAGGUUCAAGUCAAGACCACUCACACGGCUAUCAAGAAUGCGGAGGCUGGUAUUUCGCAUGUUCCAACGAUAACUGAGAUCGUGAGUCCAAGUCCUCGACGAAGCGUUCGGAUUGCCCAUUCAGCUACUUUCCCAAGGGUCUCAGUCCCUUCUCUUGAAUCCGCUGUCGUAAUGCCUUUGUUACGAAAACGGCCGCGAGAGACUGAGGAUGAAGAUGUCACGUCGGAGGACAAUGCUAGCUCUGGAUCUGGAGAGUCCGCGAGCAAGAAGGUUAAGCGUAAUGCAGGCAGUGUUAAUACAAAAAACCCCACUAGAAAAAGGCUCGUGAGGCAGUAAUGAAUUACCGUCAGCGUCUUCAAGUCUCUUUCUUGUUGUUCUACAACCGUCUGUGGAAACCCUUUUUCUUCAAUAUCUGUAGCAUCUAUUUUAUAUAUAUCAUUCAUGGACUUGUAAUUGUAUGUGCUGUGUUUGAUAGAUGUUGGUAUCGCAUUUUCA